AUGAAUAUCACUACAAAUGAUUAUGACGAUAGCGGAAAAUUAAAGGAAGAUAAUCAGCUAUUUUUUAUAAUUACAUUUGCUAUCUAUGCAUUUGAAGGAUUUAUCCUUGUCAUUAGCAAUGGUUUGAUUGGAAUAGCACUAAUUAAACAUCAAUAUCUCAGGCGCCAAUAUCUUAUUUUAUUUGUGCAGGCCUUUGCUGAUACAAUGCUGGGAGCUUCGUUUUCUCUAACUGCAAUCUAUCGUCUUGUUAUGAUGAAAUUUGGAUACUACCGAAAAACUAGACGAAACUGCCUGUUGCUACCAUGGUUUACCCUUGGUAUAUGGUCUGAGUUAGUAUCAGCUACAGCAACACUCAUGGUGAGUACGGAUCGAAUCAUUUUGUUUAUAUCACCCAUGCGAUAUUAUGAGAAUAAUUAUGUAUAUCAAAUCAGGCAGAUCAUUGUCUUUUUCGGGUCGGCAUCGCUAUUUGUCGUUGUUUUCUGGUUUAUUUCCUUCAGCGAUAAUGAAACCAUGUUGCAUGGUUUUUGUUGGACAGGUGAUAUUCUGUAUUCGUUUUUCGCUGAUCUGCAAUUUUUGUUGAUGAUUACUACCACAUCUUUAAGUGUCAUCCUCUACGUGGUUGUAUACUUCCUGAGCAGAAAACAUCUUCACCGGAUAAAAAGCAAUCGACCGGAAGCAUCAUUACAAUUAUUUGAAGCACGUCAACGUAAACUAACCAUUACAAUGGGUGUUUCCUGCGUGUUUACAUUGAUCUUCUACGUGCUACCAUUGUGCUCGAAAUUGUUGAUGGGCGAUAGUGAUAACGAUCCAACAACCCGCUAUUCCAAAUUUAUCCGUGCAGCAGUAGCAAUCAGCUGUAAUGUGAAUCCUUUAACAAAUGUAGCUGCAAUCAUGAUAAAGCAAGAUGAUAUUGCAUGCCGCGUAAAAGAAUUAUUGCCGAAAUGCAUCCAUAAAAACAUUUGUCAUCGUGAAACGGUUGCUGCUAUCACGACUGCAAGUAUUCGAGUUAUUGCUCCAAGAAAGUAUUGA